AUGGAGAAAAAGACGCUUACAUUAUGGGUACUUAGUUUGUUCCUGCUGGUUUUAAAGACUUCUAACAGUUUAGAGGAGGGCUUGGAAUCAACACGGAUGCAUGACUACGCUAAAUAUCACCCCAUGGAGGAGAUAUACACGUGGAUGGAAGAAGUGGAGCGAGGGAAUCCAGAGCUGGUCUCCUCUGCUGUCUACGGACGCACUUAUGAAGGAAGCAAUAUCACACUGCUGAAGUUAGGACUAGAAAACCCAGAGGGCAAAGAGAAGAAGGUCAUAUGGGUGGACUGUGGUAUCCACGCACGGGAGUGGAUCGCUCCUGCCUUCUGCCAGUGGUUUGUCAAAGAGAUUGUGCACUCAUAUAAAACCAAUAAGAAGCUGGAGCAGAUGCUGCAGAACCUUGACGUCUAUGUUACUCCUGUGGUCAAUGUGGAUGGAUACAUAUUCACCUGGGCCAAUGAGAGUACUCGACUUUGGAGAAAGUCUCGUUCAGACCCUCCUCCUAACAGUAGCUGCUAUGGUGUUGACCUCAAUAGAAAUUUUAAUGCCAACUGGGGAACGGUUGGUGUGUCAUUUGACAGUUGUCAAAACAACUACUGUGGGAAAGCAGCAGGGUCAGAGCCAGAGGCCAAAGCUGUGAUGGACUUUGUUGGUAAGAUGGUUAACCAGACUCUGUGUUUCCUCACCAUCCACUCCGCUGGCCAACUUAUACUCUUGCCAUAUGGCCACCCUCAGAUCACUGCACCCAACUAUGAUGAACUGGUUGCAGUCGGGGAGGCAGCGGCAGCAGAGAUGAAGAAUGUUCAUGGAAUGGGCUACACUGUAGGAACAUCUCCGCAAAUCCUCUAUGCAAACUCAGGCUCGAGCCGUGACUGGGCUCGUCUCAUCGGCAUCCCCUUCUCUUACACCUUUGAGCUGAGAGACAAAGGUGAGUUCAGCCACUUGCUACCAGAGGAGCAGAUCCAGCCGGCCUGCGAGGAGGCCUACGCAGGAGCUCUCUCCAUCAUCGCAAAUGUUCACGACAAGACCUUCAACAGCGGCACCCGCCCUAACGCUGCUGUUUCUGGGGUCGCUAUGGGGAUUUUAACUAUCAUGGUUGUGUCUUUCACCGCAGGAGUCAAGGUGUAA